GCGCAAUCGUCCUUUUUAUCACGAAUGCAUCAUGGCGCUCUUCCGAUAUUGCAACGUGAGUGUAAUGCGUUAAGAAACUUUGGCGAACUUUACAGAACUUCGUGAUUAAGUUCUUAAAUUUGAUAGUAAGAUUAAAUACAUUUGAUUAAUCGCAACAGCCUCACAUAACGGACGCUUUAAUUAAAAUUAAAAGAGAAUCUCGUGAAUGUUGGAAUCGUAAUGUUUUGCAGACCACAAAAUGCCUGUAGUACCUGGAGGAGCUUAUCAACAAGGACCUACUUGUUUUGAUAGAAUGAAAUUAGGUUUUACAAUUGGUUUUUGUGUGGGAAUGGCUUCUGGUAUGCUCUUUGGAGGAUUUUCUGCUCUUAGAUAUGGAUUAAGAGGAAAAGAAUUGAUACACAAUGUUGGCAAAGUGAUGAUUCAAGGUGGUGGUACAUUUGGCACAUUUAUGGCUAUUGGAACAGGAAUACGAUGCUAGUAUAAAGAGAGUUACAUUAUGCAGCCUACAUAUAGAACCUUUUGAAGCUUAUCUCCGAGUUGCAACUGUAUUGUAAGAGCAGACCAUUGAAUUCUUAAUAAAAUAGGUUUACGAAGCAAAAACAUACCUUCCGUGGCAAUCACAGUUGUAUCAUCCAUAGGAUUUGUUUUUCCUGGGAUAUUGAGACCAAAGCUUAAAUGUCUAAUUUUAUGUGUCAUAUUGAAAUGAGUCGAAGUGUAAGGCUGAACAUCGUGUACUGGAAUAUUGAAAAAGAAGUUUAUGAAAGUUACAGUGAAUGUUAUAGGAAAAUUUAAGUUUUGUUAGUUUACCGUGAACGUGAUUCACUGAAAAACUGUCGCCUGGUGCAAUGUGAAAACUCCCACCGACUCUAUUCACUUCCAUAUAACCAUAGAUUUGGCAGCCUUGUGUGAAGGCAUGUUUGAUUUUUUCCAUAGAUUUGUCAUCUUUACACUGUUUAAUAUUAGCUGGAUCUGGUGGA